CUCGCGCAGGGGCGGAGCGGCCGCAGAACAGCGGUAUGUGGGCGCUCGGACGGCGCGCAGUCGCGGGCCUGCCGUCCCGGACGGCGUCCCGGGCCUCGGUCUCGGUCGGGAUCCCGCGCUGGAGGGAGCCUAUCGGAGCGUGCGGCCACCGAGGCCUGCAGGUCACGAUCAGCUCGGCCUCCGCCUUCCGCCACUCAAAUUUGAACCUCCACUACCUCAAUCAGAUUCUGAACAUCAAAAAGCAGAGUGUCCGCAUGGUGCAUUUGAGGAACUCGGGAACUUUGAACAAUCCAAGCUCUCUAGACGAGACAGCUUAUGAAAGACUUGCGGAGGAGACGCUGGACGCCCUGGCAGAGUUCUUUGAAGACCUUGCAGACAAGCCCUAUACCCUGGAGGACUAUGACGUCUCUUUUGGGGGCGGCGUGCUAACCAUUAAACUGGGCGGGGAUCUAGGGACCUACGUGAUCAACAAGCAGACUCCAAACAAGCAAAUCUGGUUAUCUUCUCCCUCCAGUGGCCCUAAGCGCUAUGACUGGACUGGGAAGAACUGGGUGUACUCCCAUGACGGCAUGUCCCUGCAUGAGCUACUGGCCAGAGAGCUGACUGAAGCCUUAAAUACCAAACUGGACUUGUCUUCCUUGGCUUAUUCUGGAAAAGGCACUUGAUUCAAAGACAUUAAAGCUAUCGGGCCAAGACCCCCGCUUUCUUCUGUA